CGCGCGGAUUGGCCGACGCGCGCGGGGGCCGCGUCAGCGCCCGCGAGCCCAUUCAUCUGUGCACUUGGGCGUUGGACCCCGCAUCUUAUUAGCAACCAGGGAGAUUUCUCCAUUUUCCUCUUGUCUACAGUGCGGCUACAAAUCUGGGAUUUUUUUAUUACUUCUUUUUUUUUCGAACUACACUUGGGCUCCUUUUUUUGUGCUCGACUUUUCCACCCUUUUUCCCUCCCUCCUGUGCUGCUGCUUUUUGAUCUCUUCGACUAAAAUUUUUUUAUCCGGAGUGUAUUUAAUCGGUUCUGUUCUGUCCUCUCCACCACCCCCACCCCCCUCCCUCCGGUGUGUGUGCCGCUGCCGCUGUUGCCGCCGCCGCUGCUGCUGCUGCUCGCCCCGUCGUUACACCAACCCGAGGCUCUUUGUUUCCCCUCUUGGAUCUGUUGAGUUUCUUUGUUGAAGAAGCCAGCAUGGGUGCCCAGUUCUCCAAGACCGCAGCGAAGGGAGAAGCCGCCGCGGAGAGGCCCGGGGAGGCGGCUGUGGCCUCCUCGCCUUCCAAAGCGAACGGGCAGGAGAAUGGCCACGUGAAGGUAAACGGCGACGCUUCGCCCGCGGCCGCCGAGUCGGGCGCCAAGGAGGAGCUGCAGGCCAACGGCAGCGCCCCGGCCGCCGACAAGGAGGAGCCCGCGGCCGCCAGGAGCGGGGCGGCGUCGCCCUCCGCGGCCGAGAAAGAUGAGCCGGCCGCCGCCGCCCCCGAGGCCGGGGCCAGCCCGGUAGAGAAGGAGGCCCCCGCGGAAGGCGAGGCUGCCGAGCCAGGCUCGCCCACGGCCGCGGAGGGAGAGGCCGCGUCGGCCGCCUCCUCGACGUCUUCGCCCAAGGCCGAGGACGGGGCCACGCCCUCGCCCAGCAACGAGACCCCGAAAAAAAAAAAGAAGCGCUUUUCCUUCAAGAAGUCUUUCAAGCUGAGCGGCUUCUCCUUCAAGAAGAACAAGAAGGAGGCUGGAGAAGGCGGUGAGGCUGAGGCGCCCGCUGCCGAAGGCAGCAAGGACGAGGCCGCCGGCGGCGCAGCUGCGGCCGCCGCCGAGGCGGGCGCGGCCUCCGGGGAGCAGGCAGCGGCGCCGGGCGAGGAGGCGGCAGCGGGCGAGGAGGGGGCGGCGGGUGGCGACCCGCAGGAGGCCAAGCCCGAGGAGGCCGCUGUCGUGCCAGAGAAGCCGCCCGCCAGCGACGAGACCAAGGCCGCCGAGGAGCCCAGCAAGGUGGAGGAGAAGAAGGCCGAGGAGGCCGGGGCCAGCGCCGCCGCCUGCGAGGCCCCCUCGGCCGCCGGGCCCGGCGCGCCCCCGGAGCAGGAGGCCGCCCCCGCGGAGGAGCCCGCGGCCGCCGCCGCCUCGUCAGCCUGCGCAGCCCCCUCACAGGAGGCCCAGCCCGAGUUCAGUCCAGAAGCCCCCCCAGCGGAGGCGGCAGAGUAAAAGAGCAAGCUUUUGUGAGAUAAUCGAAGAACUUUUCUCCCCUGUUUGUUUGUUGGAGUGGUGCCAGGUACUGGUUUUGGAGAACUUGUCUACAACCAGGGAUUGAUUUUAAAGAUGUCUUUUUUUAUUUUACUUUUUUUUAACCGCCAAAUUUUGUGUUUUUUUUUUCUCCCCUCCCCACAGAUCCCAUCUCAGAUCAUUCUGUUAACCACCAUUCCAACAGGUCGAGGAGAGCUUAAACACCUUCCUCUGCCUUGUUUCUCUUUUAUUUUUUAUUUUUUCGCAUCAGUAUUAAUGUUUUUGCAUACUUUGCAUCUUUAUUCAAAAAUGUAAACUUUCUUUGUCAAUCUAUGGACAUGCCCAUAUAUGAAGGAGAUGGGUGGGUCAAAAAGGGAUAUCAAAUGAAGUGAUAGGGUUCACAAUAAUGGGGAAAUUGAAGUGGUGCAUAACAUUGCCAAAAUAGUGUGCCACUAGAAAUGGUGUAAAGGCUGUCUUUUUUUUUUUUAAAGAAAAGUUAUUACCAUGUAUUUUGUGAGGCAGGUUUACAACACUACAAGUCUUGACUAAGAAGGAAAGAGGAAAAAAGAAAAAACACCAAUACCCAGAUUAAAAAAAAAAAAAAACGAUCAUAGUCUUAGGAGUUCAUUUAAACCAUAGGAACUUUUCACUUAUCUCAUGUUAGCUGUACCAGUCAGUGAUUAAGUAGAACUACAAGUUGUAUAGGCUUUAUUGUUUAUUGCUGGUUUAUGACCUUAAUAAAGUGUAAUUAUGUAUUACCAGCAGGGUGUUUUUAACUGUGACUAUUGUAUAAAAACAAAUCUUGAUAUCCAGAAGCACAUGAAGUUUGCAACUUUCCACCCUGCCCAUUUUUGUAAAACUGCAGUCAUCUUGGACCUUUUAAAACACAAAUUUUAAACUCAACCAAGCUGUGAUAAGUGGAAUGGUUACUGUUUAUACUGUGGUAUGUUUUUGAUUACAGCAGAUAAUGCUUUCUUUUCCAGUCGUCUUUGAGAAUAAAGGAAAAAAAUCUUCAGAUGCAAUGGUUUUGUGUAGCAUCUUGUCUAUCAUGUUUUGUAAAUACUGGAGAAGCUUUGACCAAUUUGACUUAGAGAUGGAAUGUAACUUUGCUUACAAAAAUUGCUAUUAAACUCCUGCUUAAGGUGUUCUAAUUUUCUGUGAGCACACUAAAAGCGAAAAAUAAAUGUGAAUAAAAUGUACAAAUUUGUUGUGUUUUUUUAUGUUCUAAUAAUACUGAGACUUCUAGGUCUUAGGUUAAUUUUUAGGAAGAUCUUGCAUGCCAUCAGGAGUAAAUUUUCUUGUGGUUCUUAAUCUGAAGUUUUCAAGCCCUGAAAUUCAUAAUCCGCAGUGUCAGAUUACGUAGAGGAAGAUCUUACAACAUUCCAUGUCAAAUCUGUUAACCAUUUAUUGGCAUUUAGUUUUCAUUUAAGAAUUGAACAUAAUUAUUUUUAUUGUAGUUAUGUAGCAUGUCAGAUUAAAUCAUUUAGAACAAAAGGGGUGUGAACCUAAGACUAUUUAAAUGUCUUAUGAGAGAAUUUCAUAAAGCCAUUCUCUUGUCAUUCAGGUCCAGAAACAAAUUUUAUACUGAGUGAGAGUCUAUAGAAUCCAUACUGCAGAUGGGUCAUGAAAUGUGGCCAAAUGUGUUUCAAAAAUUGAUGGUGUAUUACCUGCUAUUGUAAUUGCUUAGUGCUUGGCUAAUUUCCAAAUUAUUGCAUAAUAUGUUCUACCUUAAGAAAACAGGUUUAUGUAACAAAGUAAUGGUGUUGAAUGGAUGAUGUCAGUUCAUGGGCCUUUAGCAUAGUUUUAAGCAUCUUUUUUUUUUUUUUUUUGAAAGUGUGUUAGCAUCUUGUUACUCAAGGGAUAACAUAGACAAUAAUACUUCACUGAAUAUUAAUAAUCUUUACUAGUUUACCUCCUCUGCUCUUUGCCACCUGAUAACUGGAUAUCUUUUUCUUCACUGGACCCUAAACUGAUUGAAAUUUAAGAUAUGUAUCAAAAACCAUUAUUUAAUGCACAUCUGUUUUUCUGUUUUUGAGCAGUGUGCAGUUUAGGGUUCAUGAUAAAUCAUUGAACCACAUGUGUAACAACUGAAUGCCAAAUCUUAAACUCAUUAGAAAAAUAACAAAUUAGCUUUUGACAUGCAUUCUUAAUUGGAAUAAUGGAUCAAAAAUAGUGGUUCAUGACCUUACCAAACACCCUUGCUACUAAUAAAAUCAAAUAACACUUAGAAGGGUGUGUAUUUUUAGUUAGGGUUUCUUGAUCUUGGAGGAUGUUUGAAAGUUAAAAAUUGAAUUUGAUAACCAAAGGACUGAUUUAUGGGUCUUUCCUAUGUUAAUCAACGUUUUCUUAGUUACCUAGAUGGCCAAGUACAGUGCCUGGUAUGUAGUAGGACUCAGUAAAAAAGUGGAUUUUUAAAAAUAACUCCCAAAGUGAAUAGUCAAAAAUCCUGUGUAGCAAACUGUUAUAUAUUGCUAAGUUUGUUCUUUUAACAGCUGGAAUUUAUUAAGAUGCAUUAUUUUGAUUUAUUCACUGCCUAAAACACUUUGGGUGGUAUUGAUGGAGUUGGUGGAUUUUCCUCCAAGUGAUUAAAUGAAAUUUGACGUCUCUUUUCAUCCAAAGUUUUGUACAUCAUGUUUUCUAACGGAAAAAAAUGUUAAUAUGGCUUUUUUGUAUUACUAAAAAUAGCUUUGAGAUUAAGGAAAAAUAAAUAACUCUUGUACAGUUCAGUAUUGUCUAUUAAAUCUGUAUUGGCAGUAUGUAUAAUGGCAUUUGCUGUGGUUACAAAAUACUUCCUCUGGGUUAUAAUAAUCAUUUGAUCCAAUUCCUAUUGCUUGUAAAAUAAAGUUUUACCAGUUGAUAUAA